CGCACGUCGGACAGUAUGCGCGAGCGCCCUUGCCCCUUCACUACCCGCGCUCUGCGGCUGCCGUGAUCCAGUCGCGUUCGGGGCCUCUCACUGGCUUUGUUCGACGGCGAGUGACGUGUGGUUUGAAACUCGUUCGAGUGGUGCCUGCUUACUCUUCUACUUUUCCUUCAACCUUUCUUUUUUUUUCUGUGCUACCCCUGGAAUUUCCAGCGGUCAUCGAUGAUCAACAAGCCUGCCUUUAGACAUUGCCCACACCUGCCUUUCUGAGCGACGGGGGACUUCGUAUCUGCAGAAAGCAUUGUCUCUUCGAUCUCGUCGGACGCUAACCGCAUCGCGUCCGGAUAAUCUGCGGAGUGGAAGAAGUCUUUAAAGGUGCGUUCGAACCAGUACGUCGACGGGAUAGACUCGUGGCUUGGAGAUUGCUUUGAAGCAAGCCAAUUCCGGCCAAAAGGUAAACGUGAUAGACGCUUUUUCUUUUUCGAAAAUAACUUGGAGGCAAACAAGUUGAGGAAUAGGACAUCGGGAGCAUUCAGCGACCUUGAAGGCGCCAGACCAAGUUUUGAGGUUCCAGAAGAAUACUCUCGCCUCGAACCGUUGCUUCAAGAACCGAAAUUGUGCUUAUUGGAAACGGAUGCUACAGAUGCAAGAAGCAUGGUGCCACUACUAGCCACUGAAUUCGGCAGCCGCGCUUUUUUUCCGGCCUUUUGCGUUUGAAAGACUGUGAAGAAGAGACAUCGUUCGGAUCCACCACAACAGCGCAACCGAAUACGUCUGAAUAUUAUCAACUGCCCACAGGAAGUUCGGUGCUCUUCCAUUGAUAGGCUGAAAGAGUCGCUGGAGCUUCGGACCGGGAGUUCUGCCUUCGCGUCGGAAACGUUGUCACCUAUGGAAACGAAUUCGGACCAGGUGGCCAUGGGUCUUGGCGACCGGGGCCGUAAGCGGAUCGCCAUCGUGGGCGGCGGCUCGGCGGGCAUGACAGCCGCCAAGUCGUGCCUGGAGGAGGACCUGGAGCCCGUGGUGUUCGAGCAGACGGACGCCCUCGGAGGGCUGUGGCGGUACCGGGAGGUGCCCGAGUACGGCGUGCCGUCCCUCAUGAAGGCCACCAUCAUCAACACGUGCAAGGAGAUGAGCAGCUUCAGCGACUUCCCGCCGCCGCGCGAGUUCGCCAACUACAUGCACCACUCGAGCCUGGUGCGUUACUUCGAGCUGUACGCGAACCACUUCGGCGUCACCAAGCACAUCCGCUACAACACCGAGGUGACGCGAGUCACGAAGAGUCAGGACUACGACGAGACCGGCCGGUGGGACGUCACGUACAGGACAAAAGGCCAACCUCCUCGGACGGAGACGUUUGACGGCGUGAUGAUCUGCUCGGGCCAUCACGUGAUCCCCCACGUGCCGACCUUCAAGGGUCUGGACAAGUUCAAGGGCCAGGUUCUGCACACGCACGACUACAAGAUCCCCGACGGGUUCCGUGACAAGAAGAUCCUCAUCAUCGGCGUCGGGAACUCAGGCGCAGACGUUGCCGUGGACCUGUGCCCGUGCGCUGAAAAGGUGUAUCUGAGCACGCGCCGCGGCUGCUGGGUGAUUCGGCGCGUGGGCCUCUGGGGCAUUCCGGCCGACUCGUUCCUGAACCGGCGCACGGUGAACCUGUUCAACAAGUACGCGCCCGAGUGGCUCGUGAACCUCAUGUACGAGACGUAUUCGAACGAGGCGUUCAGCCACAAGCUGUACCGGCUCAAGCCCAAGCACCGCUGGCGCAACCAGCACCCGACCAUCAACGACGCGCUGCCCAACGGCAUCCUCAGCGGACGCAUAGUCAUCAAAGGCGACGUCGAGGAGUUCACCGAGACCGGCGUCAUCUUCAAGGACGAGGAAGGGUACGAGGAGAAGUUGGACGUCGUCAUACUGGCCACGGGGUACCUGGCGACGUUCCCGUUCCUGGACCAAGAAGUACACAAGACGGAAAAGAACAAGGUGUGCCUGUACAAGUACGUGUUCCCGCCGCAUCUUCCGCACCCGACGCUGGCCUUCAUCGGGCUGCUACAGCUGCUCGGCGGUGUGUUCCCCGCCCAGGAGGCGCAGAGCCGCUGGUUCGCGCAGCUUAUCAACAAAAAGGUGUCGCUGCCCUCCUGCAAGGAGAUGCAAGCCGACUAUGAGCGCUGGCGGGCCAACCUCGAGAAACGCUACGUCGACAGCCUGAGGCACACAUUCCAGGCCGACUGGGUUGACUACAUGGACGACAUCUCAUCUCAGUUCGGCGCCAAGCCGGACCUGUGGCGCAUGUUCUGGCGGGAUAACGCGCUCUUCUGGAAGUGCUUCUGGGAACCCUGCCUGCCCUACCAGUACCGUCUUCAGGGCCCGCACUCCUGGUCUGGGGCUCGACAGGCCAUGUUCACCAUGAAGGACCGCCUCAAGGGGCCGCUGGACACACGCAAGAUGCCCCGCGAUUCGAGAAGCGAGCGCGACCGCAAGGUGCGCCGCGUCGUGCCAACAUUCAUCUGGGUCGCCGUGGUCGUGGCCAUCCUCAUAUACCUGUUCACGCUCCUCUUCUGAAGAAGAGCGAAAGGAAACGCUCGAUCGAGGCUGAACGUGUUGUGGUGAACGUGUGCUCCUCUUGCACGUUCUAACCUGUGGCCUGGAAAGGCGGGCAACGACGAGUUUGUAGUGUCUUGCUCAUAGUCACCGGAACGUAACCUGCUGAGAAGAAUUGAACAAUCCGGAAGCAUACACAUCUCCAGAUUGUGGAAGUCGCGUCCAGGACCUUGCAGUAGUGCCGCCUUAGCGAGCGUGCUUGUUUAGCUUGUCAUCGACUUUAUCGUCAGAGAUCUGGAGAAACGUGGCGCCGAGACUCGAGAGUUCGUGGUUUCCUCCCCAUGGCCACUGAUACAUAGCCGUCUCUUGAAGGACCUGAAAGAGUACCAGGACUUGACAUCGCGUCGUCGCUCUUACAUUGGCCGCAUCCAUUUAUAGUGAACGAGCGAAAAAGAAGGAACAUGGCGCCUUUUCGCAUUUACCGCUCCCAAGCAAAAGAAAAAAAAUUGUUGCCCUAAAGCACAGUGCUGAGUGCGAUCAACACAGCUUGCUCUUCCGAGGAAACCGAGGGACACGCAAGUGGUGCGUGUGGCACACGGCAACAUUUGUCUUGGAUAACCGGAAAGAAGGUUGCCGUCGGCUCCUGCUCAUAUUAUCCUUGUAACCUGCUGCAAACACAUCGCUACUGAUGUUGACGAGUGCAUCCAUUCCGCCCCCCUUCCCCCUUCGAAAGGCGGGAUCCGAUUAGAAGUUGAGUGCUAUUCGUUAUUAAUAUGUUAGCAUUGUACAAGUCAGCCAAGAGGUCCAAAAUUAAAAGCGUCGACACGUUUAGAGCAGAGGGUAAGGAUCUCGGCUCCCAGCCAACUAUGGCAGCCAAUGCCACCACCGAGGGAGAAGUGAUGUCACGGGUCACGUGAUUUGGUGAAGUCGGCGGCGGUGGAACGGAUGCACCAGCGACAUGGUGCCCUCGCGGAAGUGGUAUAUAAUAUCGCUUGUAAUUCGAAUUCUUGGUGAGUUAACGAACCGAAAUUUUAAUUUCAUGUUUUUCAAUUUAACAUAAACGUGUACAGUGUGUAAAUACGAUUCUGAGUUAUGUGUGAAGUAAGGAUAUAGGCAGAAGGUACAUAGGAGAAGAUGGCAAGAAAGAGCAAGGAUAAAGUCCACAGGAAGUCAUAGAUGGGCAGAGGAAUCUUAUGCUGCAGUGGUCGGCGGACGGUCAUCGAAUGAUAGGCAGGCGCCGUCGCUAACACAUCGCUCAAGUUUAUCAUGACCUCCUGCGUCUUGAUUUUGUAAGCACUUUCCCGCGUAUAUUUCCUAAUCAGAAAUGAAAACUGCGAAUAAGCAAUGCCGUUGCGCGAUUGUCGCACCGUUUUCGUUUUUACAAGCACUAUGAAAAAUAAAAGAGCACCAUGUCUGUAGGGACUUUUGAUAUGUGUUGUUGAUGUUGUAGAAGCAAUAAAAAAAUACAA